AUGUUCAUGAUCCCAACACACAACUUUGUGGCCCUAGAGGUAUCUGCCGAGUUUGUGGGUUCAUUUGUGAUUCACAGGAUGGAUGUGGCUGUGAUGACUCCCAGAGACCAAACCCUCCAAGCAAAAGAAUACCUCAGAAGAGUUUCGUUAGUCAUUUGCGAGAAGAUGUUCUUGGCAGAUUUGUUUGUGGUGCCCUUAAAAGGAUAUGAAGUUAUCUUGGGCAUGGAUUGGUUAUCAGGCUAUCGGACACAAUUAGAUUGUGGAAAAGGUCGUAUUUUGUUCAAGGAGAACGGGCAACGACAAAUAGUGUUUUACGGGAUCAGUCCAACCAAGUUUGUGUCUUUAGUAGCUGCCUUGAGAGUGGAAGUUUUGCUUAAGGAUGGAGAAGCGUAUCUGGUAACAGUAACUGCUAGUGAAGGACCCGCUAGCAAUGGAGUUGAAAUUAUGGAUAUUGCGGUAGUACAAGAGUUCGAGGAUGUGUUUGCAGCGUUGAAAGAGUUACCUCCACCUCGGAGUAACCCUUUCACAAUUAACUUGGAACCUGAAGCGAAGCCGAUAGAAAAGUCUCCUUACCGCAUGGCACCUGCAGUGUUAGCAGAGUUGAAGAAACAACUUGAAGAUUUAAUGAAGAAAGGUUUCAUCUGA